AUGAGUCUGCUUCCACCAGAGGACGAGGGAGACGACGGGAUCGAGGUAGCAUGGGAGGACCAACAGCGGAUCAACACCUUCUCCAAGCUCAACAACAGACUCUCGGACAUUCAGGACCAGCUCAAGGGCAAACAGGAGGAGAAGGAAUACUAUGACGACCUCGAGACGGAGCUGGAGUUAGCGUACGAUGAUGCCAAGGUGCUUUACAAGAUGGGAGAGGCAUUCUUCCAUCUCGGAUUGAGUGAAGCCAAGAGGCAGUUGCGGAGAGAUCUCAAAAAGUAUGACGGGGAGAUACAAACGCUGGAAGGUAAAGCGGGAGAGUGUGAGCGGGGUAUGAAGGAGCUGAAAGUCUUAUUGUGA